AUGGGCCGUGAGGAUACUCGCAUCUACGUUGGCAAUCUUCCAUCAGAUGUUCGUGAAAAAGAUAUCGAAGAUAUCUUUGCUAAAUAUGGUAAAAUUCGUUUUGUCGACAUCAAAGGAGGUCGUGGACCGUUGUAUGCUUUUGUUGAAUUUGAAGAUUAUCGGUGGGUUUUUUUUUCUCAAAAUGACGCCGAAGAUGCCGUAAGAGGCAGAGAUGGU